AUGUAAUCAUUAGAGUAGCAUUCUUAAGCAAAGGCUUAAGAAUUGAUCUAGUCUUUAGAAGUAAAAAUUUAUUCAUUUUAAUAAUUAGUAUUGCUAUGUACAUGCAACUUCUGAUGAUCUCUAGAAGAUUAGGUAAAACAAAUAUGUUAAAUUCUUAUAGAGGAAUAGAGGAGCCUUAACAUGACAAGGGAUAGCUUUAAUUGAUCUUAUCUCAGGUUGAAGAUCUUGAUGAAUCAUUAUAUAAAGAGAUUCUGGAAAUGGUAAGAAAAGAGAAAAUUUCAGAUCUUUUGAUAUUUUUAAGAAACAAUUAAAACCUAAAACAUUUAAAUGAGAAGGUGAAAAGAAAAAUUCAAAAAAUAACCAAUUAGAAACCUAGAGGAAAAUGACUUUAAUAAGAAGGACUAUUCAUCGGAAGGAUUAGAAGAAAGGAAAAAAGAUCUUGUCAAGAAAAUAAAACAAGAUAGAAACCUCAUAGAAUUUUUGAAAUUCCUAGUCCAUAUUACAGCCAUUGAUGAAAAAUUUAUAAGAUGCGGAUCAAAUUCUCUACACUUAUUAAUUA